GUAAUCUAGUCGACAAUCAAGACUCUCUUUUUUCUAGCCUAGAAUGCGUCCGUGUGUUUGUGUUUUAAUUUAUCAGUGUUGUUUUAGCAUUAUGGGCGCGAUGGAAUUCUUGGGAACACCUGAAGGUCAACUGUUUAUAGCCGUUGCAGUUGGUCUCGUUGGUGUUGGUGCUGCUUAUUUCUUGUUAUCAUCGAAGAAGUCCAAAGUGUGCUUGGAUGCCGACAAUUUCAAGGAGUUCAAGCUGGUCAAGAAAACACAACUUAGUCAUAAUGUGGCUAAGUUCAGAUUUGCUCUACCUACACCAACCUCGGUAUUGGGACUACCUAUAGGCCAACACAUAAGCUGCAAGGGUAAGGAUAGUCAAGGUGAAGAUGUCAUCAAACCUUACACUCCGACUACUUUGGAUUCUGAUGUUGGAUAUUUUGAGCUAGUUAUCAAGAUGUAUCCACAAGGAAGAAUGUCCCACCAUUUUAGAGAAAUGCACGAAGGAGACUAUCUGGCUAUAAAAGGACCAAAGGGCCGUUUCAAGUAUCAACCAAAUCAAGUGAGAGCAUUUGGAAUGAUUGCUGGAGGUUCUGGAAUUACCCCAAUGUUUCAGGUUGCUAGGGCAGUUCUUGAAAAUCCCAGUGACAAAACAAAGGUUCACCUGAUUUAUGCUAAUGUUAUGCUUGAGGACAUUCUCUUGAAGGAUGAAUUGGAUAAUCUUGCAAGAACAUACCCUGAUUCAUUCAAAAUCUACUACGUGCUCAAUCAAAAAGAAAAGUUGAGUAGUACAAAACCGGCACUCACGCUUCCUGAUUCUUGUUUGAACUUUUUCAGCCUCCUGAGAUAUGGGAGGGAGGCGUUGGAUUCGUGUCAAAAGAGAUGAUUCAAGCUUACCUCCCACCACCAGCUUCUGACAUCCAGAUGCUGAGAUGUGGUCCACCUCCCAUGAACAAGGCCAUGGCUGCCCAUCUUGAUGCUCUUGGCUAUGCCUCCGAGACCCAGUUCCAGUUCUAACUCUGUUCAACAACUUUGGCCUUCAUUUUUAGCAAUCUUCAUUGACAUAUUGUUUUCAACAGCAUAAGGGCAAUAGUGUUUUCUUCCAAAACUUGUUAUAAUUGACGAGCUAUAAGCUUUACAUGAUUCGGUGCUUAUUCAUUAAAUGGGCCAAGAUAUAAGUUAUUAAAUGAAUUUUUAUUUGGACA